AUACGGUUUCACCGAAUACACUAUACUUCAAAACGUAUGUAUAAACUCAUUUUAAAGACGCUUUGAAAUGAUCAUGUGUGUUCACUCGCACUCAUUUUUCAAUCGGUAUUUCAUUUCUCGCUUCGGUUAGAAGGUGCGUAUAAACACCUCACGUUAUCGAAACAAAGACAAAAUCAGCUGAUUGCCUUAUGGCAGUCAAGUGAACAGGGCUGCCAGAUAUUUUUCUUAUUGAAAAUGCAUAAUUCUAUAUCAUGAACAAACUGGAAAAUCUAGUAAAUUGUGUUAUUUCGUAUUUAUCUUAACCAAAUCUAAAUAUAAAGCAACAAUUAACUUUGACUUCUACUUGUGCAAUUAAUAUUUAUUGAAAAACUUUGCUAAGAACUUAUUUUUUUUGCAAAUAACUGAAAACCGGCAGCUCUGUCAGUUAAGCGUAUAUUUAUUUGAGCUUUUCGAUUUGUCCGCAUUAUUUAUACCAAAGUGAAAAAAUUUUAUUAAAAAUGGAAAAUAAUAUAAAAAAGCGAAAUUUAUGGAAGCAUCUAGAAAUAACUGAAAUGCUUUCAGUAAUUAAAGAGAACCAUGUGUUGAAACUUCUUGAUAGUAAGGUAAAACGCAACAAAAAUGUAUUUGAAGAAGUGGCUCGAGAACUGAAGGCAAAGGGACAUAAUAAGGAUGCAGUACAAAUACGAACGAAGUUUAAGGCAUUAAAAAGUGAAUACUAUAAAGUAAAGCGUAAUAAUAACACCAGUGGCGCUGAAAGACAGACAUGCGAAUAUUUUGACCUACUGGAUGAAGUUUUAAGCCAUCGCCCAGCAAUAGCGACAGAGGGAGAGGACACCUCACACAAUAAUUCGGAGAAUGGUAUAGCUGAAUCUGAACCCCCUCAAAUUCAAGCAAGUUCAUCGAAAACUUUUAAAAAUCCAAUUUCAGGAAAGAAAACCUACCAAAGGGUAAUGGAGUCUUUUACCAAAGACUGGAAGCAGACUCAGGACAAUUUAAUCGGCGCAUUAAAGGAGCAGAACACAAAUUAUUUAAGCACCAUGGAAAAAUUAUUGGAAAAAAAUCGCGUAGAAACAGCCAAAAUGCUGGAACAGGAUCGUCGUGAGACAGCUAAUAUGUUUUCAAACAUGGUCAGCAUGAUCCAGCCGCCAUCACUUACAUCAAUGUGGUAUCCCCACCAAAUUGGGGUUCCAUCACGUAGUGCAGUGCUAUCUGAUUCAUUGUUCAGUAAUUUUUUGACUUCUCAAGCCGAUGCGCCAACUCCGGAAUGUAAUGGUAUUUUUGCAUCCACACCGCAGUCAUCUCCAGCUAAAUAACAUGACCUUGAUAUUAGCUGUUAACUUUUUAAAUCAUAUUAAUUAAUGAAUUGUAUGAGCUCUUUAAUUUUCUAAUACACGUUUUGAAAUUGUUAAAGUUUA